GCUCGCGGCGCCCGGCAGUCGCUCCUCGGACCCGCUCGGCCUCAGCGCCCGGCCGAUUCGACACCAGUUCUGUCGCCUGUUAUGCCGGCGCCCCGGGGCCCCUCGCCAUGCGUCGCGCGCCCUGCGUCCCGCGCAGAGUUUCUGGUCACGUAUCUCCUCACGUCUCCGAACCCACCCUCUACCCCGUAACUCACUCUAGUAACGUCCACAUCAAGGAAUGUAAAUAUUUAUGGAUGUCAGUAUUAAGUUGUUUAGAUUGGCUGUGAAAUUUGAGCGAGUGUAAGCGAGUGUGUGGCGACCGGCUGGCGACGCCGCGGAUGUCGCUACUGGGCAAGCCGCUCAACUACCGGGCUACGCGCCGCGACGCGCGAUACCGCCGCCUACAGUCCAAGUUCUACAACUUCCUAGAGCGACCCAGAGGUUUUAAGGCUGUUCUGUAUCAUAUGAUUGUGUUCUUGAUGGUGUUCAUGUGCCUCUCCUUGUCAGUUUUCUCCACCAUAGAAGAAUACGAAGCAAAGGCCGGAAUAGUCCUUUUCUAUAUGGAGACUGUGGUGGUUGUAUGGUUCGCUAUUGAAUUUUUUUUGAGGUUGUGGUCGUCAGGAUGUCGUUCACGUUACCAAGGUUCUAUGGGCCGCCUCAAGUUUUUGAGGCGGCCCUUCUGCAUCAUAGAUGUGACAACAAUCUUAGCAUCGAUGGUAGUCCUGGGCAUGGGAUCGUCUGGUCAGGUUUUUGCUGCAUCAGCUCUACGGGGACUUCGUUUCUUCCAAAUAUUACGAAUGGUCCGCAUGGACAGAAGAGGUGGAACUUGGAAGCUCCUUGGUUCUGUAGUCUAUGCUCAUAGACAGGAAUUGAUUACAACACUGUACAUAGGCUUCUUGGGACUCAUCUUUGCAUCGUUUUUGGUGUAUUUGGCUGAAAAAGACGUGGCGGAUACUAAAUUUAAAAAUUUUGCUGAAGCACUUUGGUGGGGCGUGAUCACGCUGUGCACCGUGGGGUACGGCGACAUGGUUCCGCAGACCUGGCAGGGAAAGUUCAUCGCUUCAUUCUGCGCAUUACUUGGGAUUUCUUUCUUUGCUCUUCCCGCUGGUAUACUAGGGUCGGGAUUCGCUCUCAAAGUACAGCAACAACAAAGACAGAAACAUAUGAUCAGAAGACGUCAACCGGCUGCUACAUUAAUCCAAGCUCUUUGGAGGUGCUACGCCGCUGAUGAGCAUUCCAUGAGUGUGGCCACUUGGAAAAUUCACCAGAUUCCUCUACCUAGUCCUCAAACCAGCCGGGUUAUGAGUGCAUCAUUCAAGAACAAUGCAUCCUUUGUGUCGCGAUUGCCGACGAUUCGCCGACACAAAAGUACUUCCGUUCAUUCCCCCGCGCCACACUCAAAGCCAGUCCAUCGAUACGACGUCAACGCCAGCGCUGAGAAUCUCGGCAACUCGAGUGCACGCACAGGGCGCGUUCAACGUCCCAUGAACCCUUCCUUCAGCGACGAUUCUGUGGUUGAGACGGCGCUCUCCAAGAGAAACUCUGACGACGAGGACGAUGAGCCACGCUGCGUGACUUUAACGCCGAGGCACAAAGCUGCAAUUCGUUUCAUAAGAAAGCUCAAGUAUUUUGUCGCACGCAAGAGAUUUAGAGAAGCAUUGAAGCCCUACGAUGUGAAAGACGUGAUUGAACAGUAUUCGUCUGGGCACGCCGACCUUCUUAAUCGAACCAAGAACCUGCAGUACAGGUUAGAUCAAAUUCUCGGCAAACAAGGAUCAAAAUCGAAGGAUGUGUAUGCAUCAAAAAUUAGCUUAGCUUCCAGGGUAGUAAAAAUUGAGAGACAAGUAGAUGAUAUAGAAAGUAAGUUAGACCAUUUAUUAGAAAUGUAUGAAGAGGAUAGACGCGUAGCAAGAAGGAUAUGUGGUGAUGCAAACGGGAGUUCGGAUGGUGCUUCCAACGAUCGUCAUGGAGUGACGAGACCCGCUCUCACUGAAAAACAGUGUUCUGAACCAUCAUCUCCACUCUCCAGAACCUUCGAACCACCACCACCUGCUUCAGCACCGCCUAUACCAUUAAAAAGGCCGAUGAAUAGAGGUUAUUCGGAUUUAGGAACGCGGUUCAUGCGAAAAAAAGUCAUCGUUAAGACAUGUUCGACAAGAAAUGGUGAAUCGCCUAGAGAUGACGAAGUAGUGAUUGUGGUACCGAGCGACCGUGAGGACACGCCACCGCGUCUAGUUACAGAUAGCUCAGAUGUUUGCGCGAGUUGCUCCGUUGAUGUGGAGACGGAAGCGGAGGCUGGUGGCACGCGAUCCGGUAGCUCAGGGUCUCCCUCGUGGUGUGAGGGAGAGCCUGGAGAUGAACGCGGCUAUGGCUCUGGCGACUCGGUGGCCGAAGAGACAGCGCUACUAGGCGACGCCAGCCAGGGCCAUCAGCCGCGUCUCCUCCGACCUCAGAGAAGAGACGUUGCUGUUGAUCUCCAUCUCUUGCGACCGGAUGUAUGAGAGACGCUUCUAUAACUUCGAUAUAAUCGAUGACGACAUUUAUAAGUGCUGUGUUAAUAUCGCACAAUAGUAAAAGCAAUUCACUCAUUUUAUUUACCUAGAUGCUUAUAAGUUAUGUAAUAGUGAUUCUCAUAGGGAUAAAUCUUAGGAUAAGAAAUAAGUUAUAGAUAAUUAAAUCAAAUUUAAUGUACAACGACAAAGUAUUUCAAUAAUUUUUAGUAGAUAAAUAAUAUUUCGCUUAAGUGUAUAAAGAGUGCGAUACUAAGGUUACAAAUUACUUAAAGUCCAAACCAAAGUAAGUGAAAAAACUAUCAGUAGAACAUCUUCGUUAUAAAUAGGCGAUACAAGUGGAGAGAAGCGGUGCGGUGGGGGCAGAGGACGUCCUACAUCAGCAGCAGGAGUCAGGGUUAGCACUUUUGAGUUAUUUAAUCAUAAUAAUUUAAUAGUAUAAUAUUUUUGGAGUGAAAACUUCCUUAGCAUCGUUGUGAUUUCAAAGUCGAUGAAACGAAAAAGCGAGACAUUAAAAAGUUAAAAUUUCAUAAAACUUAAUGUGAGAGAAAAUGAGAUAGGAAGUACCAGUGUACUGAUACCAGGAUUUGGUACCAGGCGAUCAUAGUUUAAGAAGAUAUUGUCUUAUGUAUGACGCAUGCAUUCCUUAAUAUAUUCUUUUAUUUUCAAAUAGGUUAGUUGAAUCUGAUUGUUUUCUGGUGUAUAGGUAAAUGUUUAUAUUAUACCUAAUAGGUUAGUGUUUUUUUCAUAAAAACUUAUUAAAAAGUUACUAAAGUUUGCGUGUGUUUUUAGAUUUGAUAUUAGCUAAGCUACGAAUAAAAAAGAACGAUGAAAGAUUUGUUCGUAGAUGUUGACAGCCCUAAACGUGUCUCGCAAUGAAUGAAUCAACGGUAGUAGCGAAGAUGUUCUACUUAGUGGGGGCCGCACGUUACAAGUACUUUGUCCAAACAUCAGUUUACUUAUGUACAUUAUUACACUAGAUUGCUAUUAUUUUUUUAUUUUGGGAGAUUUAUGUUUUGGAGCGUUUAGGAGAUCUGUGAUAUUGUCUAUCUUUGAUAAUAAUUUGUUAUUAUUUAUUAAUGAUAAUUUAAGUAUUUGCCAUGAUUUUUGUUUAAGGAGAAUUUUAGAAAGAGGUUGUUGUUACAGAGGGAAAUAUAAGUUUUUCUCACUCAUUUUUCUUGCCAUGUUUUAGGUUAGGUUAUAAAUUUCAUAAAAUGUAAAGAUACAAUGCUUUGCAUUUAGAAUUAUAUGUGUUAAUUUAAUAAUUGA